AUAAACGGAAUUCUCGCUUAUCGCGCAUCGCGGUACAUCGCGUCUGUUCGGCAUUGUAGGUUAUGUCGCGCUGAAUUUGCGAAAACAGCAUUAUCGCGAUAGCGCGUAUCGCUUUGUAUUUGGAUCAAAGGGAAAAGCGGUCGCGUGUGAAGACCACUCGAGUUGUCUUGAUGCACGAGUAAUCGCACAAUCUCCCGACGAAGUCGCCUCCAUCGCAUAGUCUCGCUCCCAUUGUCGACUUAAAUUUACGCACAUUUGUCUAGAUCGCGCGUCUUGUCCGUUCUCCGGAUUAUUACGCAGCGAACACACUCGCCUCUUAUCGUAAGCAGUUGGAGGAGAAGCGUCAAGCAGCACGAGCUUUUUUGUUUACGGUGAAUCGAUUGCGUGAGAUAAGCCGCAAAUCGACAAGGGGUUUGAGAAAAGAGAGAGAAAAAAGAGAAACUGCAAUACCGAGAGGAGAGAGAUUAACACGAUGUCGGCAUCUCCAAUCGCCAGACAGGCUACUCAAAGCCAGAGCAUACCGUCCAAGAGGAUCGUCAUCCACGAUCCCAAUCAGUUGCCGGCUGAUUAUUCGUCCACUCCCGGAGGCACUCUCUACUCGACGACACCGGGAGGUACUCGCAUCGUGUACGAACGCGCAUUUCUCAUGAACCUCCGAAACUCGCCGAUAUCACGAACGCCGCCACGAAGCACUCUAGCCAUACCGUCGGAAUUGCUGAAAGGCACGCCAGCCAUUACAACGAAUGCCGCCAAAAAUGCUGAUAAAGAUGCUCUGAUCGAGGAAUCUGCGGAGCAAUUUGAAAUGGAUAUGUGAUAUAAAUACAACCGCUACUGCCACUUGUGAUCGCGACGUGUGUUCCUAGCUAUACUCAAAAGUCGAUCUUGCACAGCAUCGUUCGGAAGAGUAUGGCUAACAUGCCUGCCCAGGAUUCAAUUCUGUGCCUUUCACUGGUGUCUUUAUUAAGAAUUAUGACCUUUUAAGCGGUAAUACCUUUUCAUCUUGUAUGAAACAACAUGUCUAAUCCCAUAUGUAUUAUGUACAAUCCAUUUAAUACUCGACGUUAGUACCCGGUCGUGCACGUAAAGAAACUUACGUGACGAAAAACGGCUGUGGACUUCAACGAUCGUGAUGUGUCUUCCCUUGAAAUUUGCUGAAGCAAUAUUUUGUAAUCUGUUUCUUAAGGGACUUGUAUAUGACUGUGCGAAUAAAUGAUACAUUUUAUACAAAUA